UGAGCAAGUUCACCAUCCUUCCCUGAAAUGAAACCCCAGACUCCUUCAGAGGACGGCAACGAGCAAUGAGAAGUCAUUUUUAUAGAGGCAAAUCAACACGAGCAAAAUGACUUCACUCCACUUCGUGAUAUUCUGUGUUUUCUUCGGACCCAGCGGCUGUCAAAUUAAUUGCAUCCCAGAAGCUGUUGAUGAGACAAAGUUUACAGUCAACGUAACGGAGCACAUCAGAGUGGAGUCUAUCGACUGCGUUGUAAUCCCACACAGGGUGACAUUUCCACGAGGCAGAGUGGCAGCCCGGUACCAAAAGAUGUUAUUUCAGGGCGAUCCGUCAAAUGUCAUUGAUAAAAAAGUUGUCUACGAUGCAGAUUCUAACAAAGAAGAUUCGUUCAGUAUAAAAAAUCUUCCAUGUGGAGAAUAUGAUUAUGGCUUCAAACUGGAAUGGGGGUGUAAUCAAACUUACACUUUCCCAGAGAGAGUCCACGUCUCUGUUUUACCAUUAGCAACUAAGCCGACUGUCUUGGUUCCUCUUUUGACGGAGGAGGAACGCUCUGAGCUGAUCUGCGGCGUUGCCAAGCCGUGCUCACAAAGACUCCGAGUUUGCUGGAAAUGGACGAAGGCCGACGGACAAUCUGCGGUACUCAGCGACUAUCGCUACGGGAUACUUGAUCAGUGGUUCUAUGGAUACAAAGAUACUUUGCGCAUUAAUCCCACAGCACAUCAUCACAACACCAACAUCACAUGUGUGGCCGAAUACGACAACGACCUCACGGAAGCAACUGUCACUUUGAACGUGAAAUUUAAACCUAAGAUCACGAAUGACUCCCACUGCCUGGUUAAAGGCGAGCUGCUGGUCUGCAUGUGCGUCAGUUGGGGCAAUCCUCUGCCGCCGAUCUCUUGGCCUUUGGAGAACCUCACCACUUUCUCAGUGACCAGCUUGAGGAUUGCUCAGACAGUAAGAAGCACUUUCACAAUGCCUGCUUCGGAAUACCAUAGCGCCACUGUAAAAUGCACCAGCAGCAAUGAACGCGGCCUGGCUGAAACCUCGAUUAUAAUUCGAAACUCCGAAGAGAGCGCAAAGCCAAACACUCUUCCAGGCAGGAGGAAGGGGAUAGAUUCAGCUCUUCCCUGGAUAGCUGGGCUGUGUUUCUCUCUCAACCUGGUCUUCAUUACCGCCCUGAUUGUCCACAUUUGUCAAAGAAGGAAUAACAAGCAGAAGGAACAGAGCAAAGAGAUCGACAUUUACAUGUCUCUGAAAAAGGGCGGCGUUGAGGAAGAAUACAGCGUUAUUUCCGCAAAACCCAAACCAAAGCCUUUUACCAAGACAGGAAAAUGGCUUUGACCUUUUUUGUAAUUUCCUGGAUUCUUCUAAGAAGCACCAGCUGCCAGUUUCAGUGUACACCCGAAACUGUGGUUGACUCGGAUUUUUACAUCAAUGUAACAGAGCACGUUACAGCGCCGUCCACCGACUGUAUUCAGAUCCCACAUGAAGUGACUUUUAAACGAGACAAAGUGACUGUCCCGUACAAGAAGAUGUUAUUUAAAGGAGAUCCUUCAAACGUUGUUGAUACAAAAGUGGUGAAUGACGUGAAUCAUGACACAAAGGAUACUUUCUCAAUAACUGCGCUUCCACCUGGAGAAUACAAGUACGGCGUCAAACUUGAAUGGGGAUGCAAUCAGACGUAUGUUUUCCCUAAAAGGAUCCACGUUUCCGCUUUAACAACUAAACCAACUGUUCUGGAUUCUUUGAUGGUGGAAGGACACCGGACACGACUGAUCUGCUUGGCUCCUAGGCCAUGCACUGGUCAAGUGUUUUUCUUUUGGAAUUGGACAAAUGCUGAUGGAGAAUCUAGAAUGAUGGACAAUGACCUCAACGAUUACCAUUACAUGCGUCCGCCUGUAAGAUUUGGAUCUAGAUAUAGAGACAGAUAUGGUCGGAUAUACGGAGGUGAAAAUUAUUUACGUUUUUAUCCGACGGCGGAACAUCACGACACCAACAUCACAUGCGUAGCAACAUACGAUCACAAUGUUGCUGAGACGACUGUCACCUUGACUGUGAAAUUCUCACCCAGAAUCCUGAACAGCUCUCAUUGCACAGUUAAAGGGGAGCUGCUGUUCUGCGUGUGCAUCAGCUGGGGCAAUCCUCUGCCACCGAUCUUUUGGCCUUCGGAAACCCUCACAGAUUACUCGGUGACCAGUUUUAGCAAUGCUCAGAGAGUAAGCAGCACCCUCACCAUGCCUGCAGCUAAAUAUCACAACGCCACCGUUAAGUGCACGAGCAGAAAUGAACUCGGUCAGGCGGAAAGUGCAAUCCUGAUUCAAAACUCCCCAGAGCACAACAGGGGGAACUCUUUUUCAGAAUCAAACGAAGGGUUUCACUCUGCUCUUCCCUGGCUAACCGGAGUGUGUUUCGCUCUGAACCUUGUUUUUGUCGCUGUCUUCAUCUGUGUUUACCUACGGAGCAGGAAACAGCAGAAGGAAUCGCGUGAAGAAGCAGAAACCUAUGCGACUUUGAGAAAAGCAGAUAUGGAUGAAGCGUACAGCACUAUUUACCCACAAAAUAGAUGAAGUAUGCAAGUCACAGUUUUAGACCAGAGAGUAACAGGAAGUAAUGUGUCAUGUUUUGUUUUUGUUUGGGGUUUUUUAAUACAUGCCAUGUAUUUAAAAAAAUGUUGUUUAAAUUAUGCGUUUUAGUGGCCUACAGCCCAAUAUGCCUCAUUAUGCCAAAUAUGUUUAUGAUAGCCUUAAAUAUGAGGUGAGAAGCUCUUUAUGGGACCCAUGAAAAGAGCUGCUAGGAUGCUUGAAUCACACUGUGCUUUGACACCCACAAACCUACGAAGACACACAGACACAUAGAGUUUCACUUUUAUAACUUUUUAUUUAAAAAAAAAAUGUUUUUUGCAUAUUUGUUGAAGCUGUCACCAUGUUGUGAAUUGCAGCACUACCGACAAAAGACGCUACCAAUCAAAGCCAGGAGGAAGGUCUUAGCGCUGUCAUUCACCCUUGUGAAAGCGCUGCUAAAUCUGUUAACGGUGAAGAAACAACUCACUGUUACGUUACAAAUAUCUCCAGGUUCAAUUAUAAUACAGCGGUGUGCGCAACAUGAUUGACAGCACUAAGACCCUCCUCCUGGCUCUGAUUGGUUGUUUCUAGUUAGCACUGGGAGCAAUAGGAGAAGGCAGAAGAGCUCAAUUUUUUUUUUCACAGUUUGUCUCAUAUUAUACUGUCACAACAUAGUGACAGUUUCAAGAAAUAUAUAGAACAUGUUUUUUUUUUUUUAAGUCACAUAUCUGGAUCUUUAACUCUUGGCCAUCUUGCUUCCUUGCUCUGUGAUUGCCAAAUUUAAUUGUCGAGAUGAGACACAGCUAUGGGACUUAAGAUGACAAAAUUAAUCAGAUGUUCAGGACAAUGCACCAUAAUUUGGUUAAAGACUCUUUUCUGUGGUCGGGACGUCCCGUAAUCUGCGGGGUACUCCAUGUGAAUCUGGUGUGAAUAAAGCUGUGUCAGCACAUUUCUUUGACUUUGCUGUUUCAUGAUGCAAUCGACUGGCAGAUCAAUCUCAGUUGAUCCAUUUUGCCACAGAUUCUCAGUUGGAUUUGUGUCUGGA